GCCUCACUGCCCCGCUACUCGCAGCUAAAUGCGCUGCCGCCAGCCCGCCGUGGGGACUGGCCCUGGAGUGGGACACAGGGGAGACGCCAUACGUAGCGCCGCCGCUGCCGCCGCAGUACUACUUGCCUCCCGCCGGACCCGAAACCAGCGCCCUCGCUGGACUCCGGCCGACCGCAGUUUCGGUCCUGACCGGAACAAUAUCGGCGACACACCCGCGCCUUUCGUGACAAGCCGAACACCGCGGGCUGUGGAGAACCUAAGCCUUACACUGCAUUACAACUAAUCAAAGGCCAGGCUCUGCGCAUGCGUGGCGGGAGCCGAGAGGUCGAGCGGCUCCUACGUGUUUGGUGCGUUCGUACUCUUCCGGUCGUCCGGGGCCCGCGGCUGCGGACUGAGAUACAGGACUUGAUUUCCGGAGCCAUUUUCAAGCAAAAUGAGUUUUCUGCUGCCAAAACUGACUAGUAAAAAAGAAGUGGAUCAAGCAAUAAAAAGUGUAGCAGAAAAAGUUUUGGUUCUUCGAUUUGGGAGAGAUGAGGAUCCUGUUUGUCUGCAACUGGAUGAUAUUCUUGCAAAGACAUCUCAUGACCUAAGUAAAAUGGCAACCAUUUACCUGGUGGAUGUGAACGAGGUACCAGUGUACACCCAGUAUUUUGACAUCAGUUAUAUUCCAUCUACUGUUUUUUUCUUCAAUGGACAGCACAUGAAAGUGGAUUAUGGGUCUCCAGAUCACUCUAAAUUUGUGGGGAGCUUCAAAAUAAAGCAAGACUUUAUAGACCUGAUUGAAGUGAUUUAUCGUGGAGCAAUGCGUGGCAAACUUAUUGUACAGAGCCCUAUUGAUCGUAGGAAUAUUCCCAAAUAUGAUCUUCUCUAUCAAGGAAUUUGACAUGACUGCAGAUGGCUAAACACUGAAAUUGCAACAGUUGUGGACAGUUUUCUUAAAAUAUUUCCCACGUUUGAUACCACAGGACAGAAAAAAGAACUUUUAAAAGCUUGUGGUUUCUUGUUGAAGAUCUUAUUGGUCAUCUGUUGAAGACAGACAAUCUGUCAUUUAAUAUUAUCCUUUAAAUAAAGUUGUGUGCUUUACUUA